CUUUCUCCACUUUCCAAUUCCCCACCUUUCUCUCUCUCUCUCUCUUCCCACUAGUGGAGUGACUCAUCGCCCCUGCAGCUUAUCUAGCUCUCUACAAAACCCAUCACAUCUCUGCCUGUUCCUUUCCCCCUCUUCUUCCCCCCUUUUCCUUCCCGGUCGUCAACCGUCCGGUGGCCGGAGAAAAAACUCUUCAAUCUUCCCACCUUCCCCUUCUCUAUCUCUCUCUCGCACUAUGGAUUGCUACGAAGCUACGAAGACAGUGUUCUCAAGGAUCCAAGGAUUGGACCCAGAGAAUGCUUCCAAAAUCAUGGGCUACCUCCUGCUGCAGGAUCAAGGAGACCGAGAGAUGAUUCGGCUGGCCUUCGGACCUGAUUCUUCCCUCCACAAUCUCAUCCUCCAAGCUAAAACCCAAUUGGGUUUGCCGAUUUCCCCAUCGUCUUCGUCUUCCUCGUCCUCGAAUUCGACAAUUUCGUUCUCCUCUGUUUCGAAUUCCAACACUCCUUCGACGCCGUCCACCCCUUCCUCGCCUUCCCCUUUCCUCAGCUCGAGACCCAGCGCGCUGAGAAUCUCCAGCGCCGGUGGUUGUGGGGUGUUCGACAAUGGGUCGUCUCCUUCUGCUGCUUCUUCCAGCCCUUCGCUUUCCUACGCCAAUGUCGUCAAUGGAGGGAGUAACGGUAAUGGGAAUGGGUAUAAUUAUGUGGGGAAUGGUAAUGGGAACGGGAGCGGUUGUGUUGGUGGUAAUGAUUUGGGUAUUGAUGAGUUUCAAGUUCACCGUGACCACUUCUCUUUCCUCGACGAGAGUAGUAAUGCAGACCAGGUGUUCGAUCCAAGGCCUGACUGGGGGAAUCUCUUGAGCCCAACAGCUGGCGGGUGUCAUGACGAUGGUAUUAGUUCACAUUUCCACCGGCGGAGCUUCUCGGUUCCCGGCGUGUGCUUUGGGUCCGGCGGUGGUGGUGGGUUCGGGUGGAAGCCCUGCUUGUACUUCGCCAAGGGGUUCUGCAAGAAUGGGGCGGCCUGCAAGUUCCUUCACGAAGGAGAGACUGCUGCUGUUUCUGAUGGUCUCAAUGGGUUUGAACAGUGCCAGGACUUCCUCAUGAGAUCGAAGUCGGCUGUUCACCAGCAGAAGUUAGCUGCUGCUGCUGCCUCGCAGUUCAUGGCUAGUCCUGCAGCUUCUAAUCUUUCGUAUAACAAGUGCAUGAAUUUGCUUCUGCAACAAAGUGAUGCACAGAGAUCAGCUGCAGCGGCUGCAUUGUUGAUGGGGGAUGAGCUUCACAAGUUCACCCGGUGCCGACCGGAGAGGACAACCGAUUUCUCACCGUUGGGAUUGAGUGGAGGGAUACUGAACCCAAGUGCCAGACAGAUCUACUUGACGUUUCCAGCUGACAGUACAUUUAGAGAAGAGGAUGUUUCCAAUUACUUCAGCAUUUAUGGGCCAGUGCAAGACGUGAGAAUCCCAUACCAGCAGAAGAGAAUGUUUGGGUUCGUCACGUUCUUGUAUCCAGAGACAGUGAAGCUCAUCCUGGCCAAAGGAAACCCUCACUUUGUCUGUGACUCUCGUGUGCUUGUCAAACCAUACAAGGAGAAAGGCAAAAUCCCUGAAAAGAAGCAACAGCAGAUGGAGAGAGGAGAUUUUUCGCCCUCAGCUUGCUCAAGCCCACGUGGGCUUGAUUCCAGAGAGCCAUUUGACCUUAAUCUUGGGGCCAGAAUGCUGUACAGUACUCAAGAGAUGUUGCUGAGAAAGAAAUUAGGGGAACAAACUGAUCUACAGCAGGCCAUUGAACUCCAUGGCAGAAGGCUGGUGAGUCUACAGCUUCUGGACCUGAAAAACCACCACCGUCAGCAGCUCCUUAAUGGUCUGUCCAAUAGGUCUCCAGUUUCAUCCCCAACUGGCUUGGCUCGUAGUUUCAGCCAUCCAGUCCAACUUAGUAGCAUUGACCAAGACGGCCUAUCUAUUCCUCCAGCUGAAGAGAAUGGAAGUUGCCUGCAUGAUGAUGGUGGAGCAGUAGCUUCUGUAAAUGCUGUUGUAGGAGGUGUUGGUCGAGAAUUGAAUCCUGCUUGCAGCCAAGGCGAUGGAAAUGGCAAUGAAGAGAAAUACUUCCGUGGACAAAAUGUUCUCCAAGAAAGUUUGGAACAUAUCCACCACCUCCCAGAUAACCUCUUCAAUUCUCCCAAGAAAGCUGCCGGUGACCAUCUCAAGUCUGCCUUCUCUGCUUCUCUUGAAGUUCAUGAGAUUCCCACCACCACCACUACCUCUUCUGCUCUCAACAUGACCCCUUUGAAGUCGUGUUUUCCCCAAAUGCCCAGAAUUAUUGGAGAAACACUGAAAAAAGGGCCAGAUGAUGACUAGAUGGGAGAAUAUGUAUCUCAAACUCAUCAUCGCCAUAAUCAUCGGUUAGCUGUAUAUCCCAAAACCCAUAUACCCUACAAGAAAGGAAAACAUAUCUGUAGACAAACAAGGCCUUGGGAGCAAGAUCACCAUCAUCAAUACAUACUACUUACAACAACAAAAUACAUAAUGCAUACAUUGAAAGUAAGAAAAAAGGACAGAGGAAACACUCUACUAUUUCUACUGAUCAUAUUUGCUCUUUCCUUUUUUUAACUUUUCUUUACUGUUGGGAAGAGGAUCAUUUCAUAUUCAUAUCAUCAUAUGUGUUUGAGAGAGAGGAUGGGGUCUUUCAUUUUUCAAAUUGCUGUCCUCUUUCUCACUGUGUAGGUAAUGAGCUGGACCACACAGCAAUCAUAUAUAUAGCUGGAAGUGUAGAAAAUAAACAAAAGACCUUGUUGUUGUUAAGUAGUAACAGUAAUAGAGUUGGUCUAAAAAAUGAAUAGAUCUCUCUUUCCCAUUUGUGUAAGUUUUUUGUUUUUACUAUUCAAUAUGAGAAAGUUGGAAAAAAGUUAUCUCUUUCCUUCCCUAGUUGUGUUCUUUGUGUUCAUAGAUUAGAUUGUGCAUUAGAUUAUGGGUUUGCAGGAGGCAGUUUUCCCCUUCUUUUACUGCUGCUGUAUGUUGGUAAAUUAAGCUGAAGGCCAAGUAAGAGGAUGUUGGGAUAAGGGUUGUUGAGAAAAAGGCUGCUUUCAGUUGAGUUAGGUGAUUUACACACUUAUGAGUUAGUAGUAUGCAUCUGUCACCCAAUUUUUCAGAUCGUGGAGAUUGGAUUUGCAGUUUGCAGGCAACAGAGGGGAAAAGGUGAUUGAUUCUGAUGAAUAAUGAGCAAGAAGAAGCUCUAAAAAUUCAGUUUUCUUUUUAAUUUGAAAAUGAAGAUAGAGAGGGGGAAAAAGGCUACUUUUGAUCAGAGAGAGGAGGUGGUGGUGGUGGGGGACUCCUUUGUCUCAUAUUGUGGUUUCUUUUUAGGUUUGGAUGACAUGAAUGGCUGAGGCCUGAGGGUCGCAUUGUCACAUGACCUUCUGACAAAUUUAACUUUAAUCCUAUAAACUCAUUCACCAGUCAACACUCAAUUUUCCAACUGCAUAAUUCCCACUUUUAACCCCCUGCUGGUUCACAUUUCAAUUGCAAGUUCAUCACUU